GAUUACACAUCUUAGAUAUCUUGGAUUUGUUGUUCAAAGCAUUGGUGAAAUAGAUUGGGAUAAUAUUAGUAGAAUUUAAGUUGGGUGGUUGAACUGAGGAAUGCAUCGGGUUUCCCUACAGGAAAUUAACUGAAUACCGGCGAAACUUCCGGCGGUCAUUUGACCGCUGAAAUUAUUGGCGGUCUGACAGCCGGUAUUAAUCGGCUAUUAGACCGUCGGUAAUUCCAGGGGUCAAUUGACCGCCAGAAUUUAUGUCGAUUUAUCUUUUCAUGUCGGUUUUUACUGGUGGUUUAGACGCCUUUUUAAGUGAAAAUUUUCGAUGGUUUAACCUACCAGAAAAGCCGUCUAAAAAUGACCCCCCUCUUCUUACUUCGUUUUUAAGUGAAAAAUUUCCCACGCUGCUUAUAACGGUGGUUUUUAUGCCGUCAAUGAAGUGUAAAACUGCUGGAAAAUUGAUGUUAACUAUUGGAAAUCGUUGUCGUUAAUGAAUGAUUUUCUUGUAGUGCUUGUUAUGUGAUAGAAAAGUACCACUCAAAUUUAAAGGAAAAUUCUAUAAGAUGGUGGUAAGACCUACAAGGUUUUAUGAUACAGAAUGUUGGUCGUUAAAAGAGAAGCAUAAAGCUAAGUGUACAAUGAUGAGAAUGCUCAGGUCGAUGAGUGGCUUCACUUUUAGAUAUAGAAUGCGAAACAAGUAUGCACGUGAAAGGGUUUGUAGUAGCUCCAGUGACCGAUAAGAUUAGAGAGAGUUGCUUUAGAUGGUUUGGACAUGUAAAAUGGUGGCCAUCUUCUGACCUAGCUAGGAGACUAAAUGUGUUUGAUUUAGCCUAUGUUAAGAAAGGUAGAGGUUGACCUAAAAAGAUUUGGCUGAAAAAAUUAGAAAUGCUUUUUUUUUAAAUUAAAUGAGAAUUUUUUAAUCUUAACAGGACUUAAUGGAAAAAAAAGGAUUAUGUACGUAGCCGGCCCACAUAGUUGAAUAAAGGCUUCAUGUUGUUGUUGUUGUUUUCGAAGAAGGUUGAAAUCAUAUUUAAACUUCAUUUGAAUAUUGUUCGAACCAAUUUCAUUCUGGUAGGAUUUCAUAUAUGUAGUAUCCAAUAAACAUUGUGGGAAAAUUUAAUCUGAAUUAAACUUUAGAAUAUAUUCUCUUAAGAAAAUAAAUUGUUAAUAUAUUUGAUCAAUAUUGCUAUGAGCAUAUAUACAUUCAAAAUUUCCUAAAAAAUUUGUCAUAGUUUACUUUUCUUUUUCUAUUUAAAAUUUUUCUCUAUUAGAGCUCAUUGGUUGUUUGUUGACUAAAAUCAAUUACAUAAAGGGCUGAUCUUGUUUUUUUUUCUUUUUUUCUUUUUUUUAAGUAUGAAAUUUCCUUAUUUUUUAAGAAAUUUUAAAUUCUUUUGAAGACGUAAUAUGAUUUUUUUUUUAAAUUAAAUUCAACCAAAUGACGACGUUUAUAAACUAAGAUUUCAUUUAGGAGAUUUUUCUUUCGUAAAGCUGCUAUAGAGAAAGUAGCUUUUUAAGGGCUCGUUUGGGACGGCGGCACUCUUGCUUUACUUUAUAAAAAGUUAUAAAAUUGUUGUUUGGGCGUCGCGGCAGAACAGCGGCAGAAAAAAUUCGCGGCGUGUAAUUGCUUCCCGCGACCUUACACUCUCUCCCGCGGUCCGCUGCUUUCCGAAAAAAAAUGACGAAAAUCCCCGCGACUGCCACCGUCAUCCUCCUCGAGCUCUCCCUUGACAUGGCUUCACGUGAGAUUAUUUCCUUCCUAUCCACCGUGAGCACAGUCGUCAUUGCCGAGCGAACCCAAAAUCCCCUUCCAAUCCCUUUCAAAUGGAGGAACUGAUCUCCCCUUCGUCAUCUUCCUCUCCUACACCUCCCCCCUUCUACUCCAUCCAACCCCAACCCCUUACGAUCUCGCCGGGAAAUUCGCUGGAAGCUCUCCCAACUUUGGGUCUUCAGUACAUCCUCCAGUGCUUGCUGCACUCCCGCUCUGAAUGGUGGACUUACGCCAUUUUCUGGCGGGUCUCCCCUGACCACACGCUCCUGAGCUUUGGCGACGGCCAUUUCCGUGGUAAGCUCGUCUCCGCCACAGCCGACGGAAGCAACGACGGAGACGACGCCGAGUGGUUCUAUGCGGUAUCGCUAACCCGAUCAUUCAUCAUCGGCGAGCUCACCAUGCCCUCCCGCGCCUACGGCUCUCUCGCCCCUGUCUGGCUCACCGGCUCCCACGCGCUCCAAACCUGCGGUUGCGAUCGAUCUCGGGAAGCCGAAAUGCACGGCAUUGAAACCCUAGUCUGCAUUCCUUCGUCCACUGGCUCCUGCCUUUGUUGAUCAAGCAACAGAGCAGCAAAUCUCUUGAGCACAGUCGUGCUCGCUUCAGAUUUUU